AUGUCUCGACCAAUCACCAUGGAAGAGAAUGAAGAACCACUUUCAGCAAGGGAACAAACCGUAGUGACAGAUUCACCUCCAUCACCACCGCAGCCAAAGAUACGCGUAGUUCGUAAUUUAGAAAUUCUAGAAUAUUUGAUUGGGACUAUCGCUGGUACUGAUAAAUUGACUAAAGUCGCUAAAUAUGCUUUGGAUGUGAUUAAAGCCAUCGUCGUCAGUAGACCUAAUAGCGUCUUAGCAAGGCUAAUUUCAUUGAUCCCCAACUUCAAAUCAAAGGCAACUUAUGUGAGCUCUACACUUUCAACUUAUCGUUAUAUCCUAAGGUUUGGAUACACACCAUUCGCACUAUCUAAAUUAUUCGACAGGUUAAAGGCUACAAUUAAGGAUCCAAGUAAAAUUAACAAGAUUUGGAUGAAUGAAGGUGCUCUCAACAAUGUUUUAGAUUUUUACUAUGGUGUGUUUGACGAAUUGGAUACUCUGUACAGAUUAAGUGUGUGGAAAAAUCCAAAAGUCUAUAACAAAGUGGUCACACAGCAGUGUUGGGCAUGGGAAGCCUUUAUCCUAUUGGGAUUGAAAAAUGGCCUGACUCAAUUGAACUCGAUUAAAUCUCAAAUUACUCAAUUGGAGGUUCAACGUCGUGUUAAGAACCAUGCUAUGCAGUUGUCAGCAAGUCUUCAUGACCAGGGACCACGUCCUGAUUCAUUCGUACGCCAGCAACUGUUACAGGAUUUAAACAAGAACAAAGAAACCGCUGAAAGAGAACAAGAGAUAGAGAGACAGUUGCAGGAACUUCGUCACCAAAAAUUGGUAACAUAUCUCGACGUUGCCAGACUGUCGUUUGACUGUGCUGCUAAUUUAUCGGAUCUUCUACACAUUCCGGGACCGGCAUACACAUAUAGUGUUCUUUCACUUGGUUCUGGUGUUACUGGUCUAAUCAAAAUGUGGACGAAUGCGGCCAAGACCCUCUCGGGCCAACAAAAUUGA